AUGGCGAACAUCAACUCCAGCCAAGCGGUUGCGCAGGACGAUUUGGUCAUUCCGCUCAUCGACUUCUCCGCCUUCCUCUCCGGCGACCCCUCAGCCAAGAAGGCCACAGCUCAAGCGGUCCUCGAAGGCUUCCAGAACGCGGGCUUCGUUUACCUCAAGAACCACGGCAUAUCGCCCUCGACCGUGGCAAAUGCCUUCUCUCAGAGCGCCCGAUUCUUUGCGCGGCCGCAGGACCAAAAAGAUGCCAUGGCAUGGUACUCGGCGGCAGCCAACCGCGGAUACGUAGCCCAGGGACGCGAGAAACUGGUGGUGCUAGAGGAGACCGGCACAGAGGACGAGCUGCGCAAGACAGUCCCAGAUCUCAAGGAGUCGCUUGAGAUUGGGCGAGACGACCAGCCAGAGACACCAAACAUGUGGCCCAGCGGAGACGACGCCGCCAAGGAGUUCAAGCAGGACAUGUUGGACUUCUUCGGGACCUGCAAAAACCUGCAUGUUCAGGUCAUGCGAGCCAUUGCCCUGGGCAUGGGUCUCGAGGAGAGCUGGUUCGACGGUUUCACCGACGCUGGCGACAACACGCUACGUCUCCUGCACUACCCUGGCGUGUCCAAGUCGGUCUUCAAGAGGAACGACGGGCAGGUGCAGGUCAGAGCGGGCGAGCACAGCGACUACGGCUCCAUCACUCUCCUAUUCCAGGACAAGCGCGGUGGUUUGCAGGUACGCUCGCCUAAGGGGACGUUCGUCAACGCUACGCCUAUCGAAGGCACGAUAGUCGUCAACGCCGGCGACCUGCUUGCGCAAUGGUCCAACGACACCAUCAAAUCGACAAAGCACCGCGUCGUCGAGCCGCCACCCAAGACAGAGGACGACGGUCAGGAGAGCUACCCACCACGGUACUCGAUCGCGUACUUCUGCAACCCCAACUACGAGCGAAUGAUCAAAGCCAUUCCAGGCACCUACGAGGAAACAGGGAGAAAGUACCAGGACGUGCAGAGUGGAGAAUACAUCAUCGGGAGGCUGACAGCGACAUAUUGA